GUUGAUAUCCAAAAUCAUAUAGACCAAUAUCUUUUGGUUUAAAAAGGCAAGCAUUUUGUUACUCCUGAAUUUUUGUAAUUUUGAUUUUUUGCUAAGAAGUUAUGCCGAUUGCUGGAUGCUCUGUAAGGGGAGGGUCUUGAUUUUGUAUAUUUUGGCUUUAAGGGGUCUGGUCUUGUUCGUAGUUUUCUCGAUUAUCGAUGGCGGAAUUGGUUGGGCCGAGGUUGUACAGCUGCUGCAAUUGCCGAAACCAUGUUGCCCUUCACGACGAUGUCAUUUCGAAAGCCUUCCAGGGUAGAAAUGGUCGAGCGUUUCUGUUUUCACAUGCAAUGAACAUUACAGUCGGGCCAAAAGAAGACAGACAACUCAUGACUGGUCUGCACACGGUCGCUGAUGUCUCCUGCUGCGACUGCCAUGAGGUGCUGGGUUGGAAGUAUGAACGCGCCUAUGAGCAAACACAGAAGUACAAGGAAGGGAAAUUCAUUCUCGAGAAAUCGAAGAUAGUCAAGGAAAACUGGUAGCAUCUGUGAAGGCUUUCAAGUUCAUCCAUCUGCAUGUCAAAUGUAAGUGUAUGGAUGCUCGUGCUUGUAUUUAGCUUGUCAAAUUCUUAACAAUUGAAGAUUUCAAUUGUUGUUGUUCGUUGUGGAUUCCUUGUGUCUGUUGUGUGAAUAUUGUAUCUGGAACUGGCAUAUUACUAAUUUGAAUAAGAUGUGAAUAAUUCAUUCA